GGCACAACACACCAUCUUCCCCCCCCUCUUCUAGCCGCCUACUUUAAUCCAGCGUCACCUCCUGCUCCGUCUUUCCUUUUACAUGCUUGCUCCCUGCGUCGCUUUCUCCGCUUCGACGAACUCCUUUUCCCUUGCGCGGGCCGGCUCCUGCUUUUUGUCCGCGGCGAUCGCUCUCUCGAUCGAGUUCAAUUUUGGACUCACCCGUCGUUUCGAAGCUCAGGUGUCUCUCCCCAUCUUUGCUUUUUGCACAGUCUGGAAUCUCCACGUUUUGAUCGGAGAAAUGAGUUGCAGAAAUGUGGGGUGACUAGAGAGAAUGGUCCGCCUCUUCUGAAACAGAGCGAGAGAGAUAGAAGGAAAAAUGGUUGUCCUCUUGCAGCUGAUCGGGGCAAAAGAUUCCUGAGGUUUCAUAUUCAGUUUUGGAUCCUUGUACUUUGUUGGAUUUUGAGGUUGUUUUCUUGUCGGAUCUGAUUCUGGCCUCCUGUAUGCCCUUCUUUUUGGAUUUUUCCCAUCUCACUCGGUGAUUUCGGCCAAAACCCAUUUGGGUUUUUCUUUUUCUCUUUCCCUAUUGUUGGAAUUUAUGUUUUAUGUCCUGAGUUUUGAGAUUGAAAUCGAGUUUUGAUCUGAUUGAUCAAAGCUUCCCGGUAGGACAAAGGUGGUGAACUGAUAAACGCUCCAAUAGAGGACCAUCAGAGGUUUUUAACCUUUUCGAAGUAUAAAAGAAUUGGGGGGUAUCAUUAGGGGGUUGAAAGUUUUGGAAGCUUUUGAAAAGUUGAAAACUUUUGUUUCCCUUGUCCUUUUGUACAUUGGCCACUUACUGUUUUCUCUUCUCCUUUUUCCUCCCCUUUGGGAUGAGUGCAAAUGUAUUGGCCACCGCAAUUCACACAUGAGCUCUUGCUUUUUCGGCCAUGGACCAAUCCGGGAUCUCUCUGUUGCAGAGAAUUCCAGUGUGACGAAUGACACAAGUAGCUUAGUUCAGGAAGAGUUCUUCUGACAUUUGGCUUCAACUAUGAAGAUUGGUACUGAAUCUUUUUCUAUUAUAUGUCCCGUAUAUUAACCUUGUGGAAAAUGUUCAGAAUUCGUAUUGAUGAUGAGACGGUGGUUCAAUAUCUGGUCCAUAAUGCUUCUGCAAAGCCCUUUCAGCACAAUGACCCCAUGACAACUGUUGAACAAAAGUCAAACAAGGACAGCACGAAGGAAAACCUAGGUGAUGUGAAGUACACUGAGGAUAUUGCUGCUCCAGUGCCGAUUGAUGUAAAUUCUGGAGAUGGAUUUUGGCCAGUGCCAGGAUUGAGCAAUCCGGAGGCUGACGAGGUUCUCACUGGGAGCGACAAAUUGACCGUAAAAAGUUCGUUUGCUUCAUAUACCGAUUGUAAUGGAGAAACAGAACUGUUUAAAGAGGACUUGGACCUUUUCACCGAUAAAACUGUCACCGCAUGUGAGGUUGAUAAGUCAAUUCCUUGUCACAAGGAAAAUCCAUUCUGUGAAGUGAAAGACAUCUGCGUAGACGAAGGUGUGCCCUCGCACAAGGUUACCUUGUCAGAAACUGAUGGAAAUAAGGAUCUGCAUGCCUAUUUGCCUAUAGAGAAGGAUGCAAAUGGUGACUUAGAUGCUCUGGAAUGUCCCAAAAAUUGUCUUGAGGAUUUUGUGCAGGCAGACACAAAAGGAGACAAAUUUGGGGAUGAGUUAUCCAAAGACAAAGUGACUCCUUUAGUCCAAGAGUUGGCUUCACAAAAUCUUGAACGAGAGUCUUCUUCUGAUGAUAUUGCUGAUGGAAUGAAGCCACCCUCUGCUGUGGGCUCAAAUGACGAAUCCAUGAUGGCAUGCUCGAAUUUGUCCACUGUUAAAAAACUAGAAUCAGUCAAAAGGAGCGAGGAGGAAGCUCCCCCAUCCCCCUCUUCUAUCAUCCAAGAAUUAAAUGGUACCACCCUAAUCCAUGACUCGCGAGAUAAAAGUGAGAUGGAUAAAGGAAGCCCCGAGAAGCGUGUCGCAACUGACCCAUCUCCAUCUGAAAGGUCAGAGUACAGGGAGCUUGUCAACGAGUUUUCUUACUGCAGGAAAGUGGAGAGCGGAAGUAUUACCUUCAGUUUCAAUGCUUCAGCACCUGAAUCGAGUGAUAGAGGGGAGAGUUCUAGCACUGGGAAUAAAGAACAGCAUGAGGGCCAGAAUGCGCAUAGACCGGAUGAAGCUUCCAAUAGGCGAACUGAUUCUUGCCUAGGACGGCAUGAUUUCGGAGAGUCAAGUUUCUCUGUGGCAGGCCCUGUGUCCGGUUCGAUAACUUACUCGGGACCGAUAACUUAUUCAGGAAGCCUCUCUCUCAGAUCCCUCUCUCUCAGAUCGGAUAGCAGCACGACCAGUGCUAGAUCCUUUGCCUUUCCAAUAUUGCAGUCCGAGUGGAAUAGCAGCCCAGUGAGGAUGACGAAAUCUGAUCGGCGACGGCUCGGGAAGCACAAGGGUUGGAGGCAACGGCUUCUGUGCUGUAAAUUCUGAAUUGCAUCUCCUCCCUACAAAUUCCUUUAGGUCAUUCUAGUUGUUAGAUAGAUGUAUACAUCUGCUUGUUUUCUGUUUUUUCGCUUGUAGGAUAUUAGGGCUGAUAGAUAAGCGUUCUUUGGUUGGAGUUUCUGGCUUCAUGCAUGUCUAAAUUUAUGCAGGGAUGUGUUCUUAUUUGCCCCCCCCAUUUCAUGUAUUCUCUCUCAUUGAGUUCUUUCCUACAUGAUCCUUGUAUGUCCUGGCAGCCUACAAGGAUCAUGUAGGAAGCAGUGGGGGCUUCAUGGCUCCCUAGGGAAUUGCCCCUUUAGAGAUUGGUAACUCUUUAAACACAGAAUGAAUCGAUUGCGGUCAUUCGAUGAA